CGAUCUAUCUCAUAUUUGACUCAUAUUUGGAGUCAUCCUCGCUGUCCGAUACAAAGCCGAUGCAUGCUAAAGGCUAAAGGGCGCAGGUCCACACCCACAUGUGGUUGCACGUCCUAUGUAGGGUACUAGGUACCUCGGUAGGUAGGUUACUCUGUAGCCUAGAGGUAUGCAAGCUUGUUCAAGUUCUAUAUACCUGUACUUCGUACUACCAACAUCCUAUUCAACCCAAGUCUAAGUCCAAGCCAGCUUCGGUGUUCCUAUCUUCUAACACAUAGGUUCGGAUAAACAAAGGCGGUGGAAAAAUAAUAAAAAAAAUGACUGCCCACGGCACCCCCUCGGUCCCCUUCGGCGCGGCCAUGCGCAAAGCGCAUUUCGCCUUUGCCCCGCACUACACGCCACUGAACCACGGCUCCUACGGCGUGGCCCCGGUGCCCGUCCGCCGCGCCCACGAGGCCCUCCGCGCCGAGGCCGAGGGCGCCGCGGACCCCUUCAUCGCGCUCGAGCUGCACGGGCGCCUCGCCGCCCAGCGCGCCCUCGCCGCCAACGCCCUCAACUGCCCCGACGUCGACGACCUCGUCUUCGUCCCCAACGCCACCACGGCCUCCGACACCGUGCUCAAGAACAUCGACUGGCAAGCCGGAGACGCGGUCCUGUGCUACGAGGUCGUGUACGAUGCCCUGCGCAGCGGCCUCCUGUGGCUCGAGGAGAAGUACGGCGUCAGCAUCCACGUCGUCAAGCUCGCGUGGCCGAUCCCCGACGACGACCUGGUAGAGGCGAUGGUGGGCGCCGCGCGCGCGAUCAACGCGGAGACGCGGCCCAGGCGGCGGCGGGUGCGCCUCGCGAUCGUGGACACGGUCGUCAGCCUGCCGGGGGUUCGCGUGCCGUUCGAGCGGCUGGUGCCGGCGCUGCAGGCGGAGGGCGCGCUGGUGCUCGUCGACGGCGCGCACGGCGUCGGACACGUCGACAUCGACCUGGCGGCGCUCAGGCCGGACUUCUUCCUCACGAACCUGCACAAGUGGCUCUUUGUGCCAAGGGGCUGCGCGGCGUUCUACGUGGCCAGGGGGCGCCAGGGCUUGGUUCGCUCGACGCUGCCGACGAGCUUUUACUUUGCGCCGAAGGGGGGGAAGAGCGGGGGGGAGUGGGCGGAGAUGUUUGAUUUCACUGGCACGAACGAUACGACAAACUGGCUUUGCGUUGAAGCCGCCCUCGACUUCCGCACCAACGUCUGCGGCGGCGACGCCGCCAUCAAAGCCUACUGCUACAGCGUAGCGCAAGCCAGCGGCGCCGCGGCCGCCAAGAUCCUCGGCACGGAGGUCAUGGACGUCGCCGGGUCGUGCCUGCGCGACUGCUGCUUCGCUAACGUGCGGCUGCCGCUUGAGGUCGGCGCCGGUAAGAUAGAGCCGGAAAACGCGGGAAAGGUGACGGGCUGGUUGAAGGCGACGGGGUAUCGAGAGAGCGGGAUGUACUUCCAGACGAUACUGUACAGGGGCGCGUGGUGGUGGCGUAUCAGUGGCAUGAUUUAUGUGGAGGUGGAGGACUUUGAGAGGGGGGCGGAGGUGCUGAGGGAUCUGUGUGUGAGGGCGCAGAAGGGGGAGUUUCUUGAGGCUGCCUAGUUGGGCUGGGAUGAGGGAAUGCAGAUAUAUGAUCCCUAGGAGAUGCUUUGCAACUAGAUCUGUCUGUAGGACAUGGCAUGAGUUCCUAGGUACCUACACAAUAAUAGGUAUUUAACUCUGGUAACCCCCUGAAUGUGUCUUGGAAGGUUUUGUACAAAAAGCAAUUCUAUAGUUAUCGCUUACAAAACGAAAAGAUCAAGUAAAGAAUAUUUCAUCAGUCGAAGGGGGGAGCACAGAGUCUUUGGAUUGUCCCUGGCCAAUCUCAAACUCUUCCCGUCAUACGAUAGAUAGAUCUAGAAGAGACCCCCGCCGAUUAUUGGGGAGCUUAAGACGGCUGGGCUUUUCCCAACGAUAUAUCGAGAGCCUGCGUCUUGAAAACGAGCAUAGCUUAUACAGGCGAAAAUAGUGAUAUAUCACAGCUCCAAAGUUGGGAAACCAACGAAAUGGCAAUAGUGCUGACUUGAUGUGAGUACUCAUCCGUGUGGUUGGGCUAUCGAGGCCUGGAAAGUUGGCAUAGGCUAUAGCCUAGCUGCUGUCACAGUAGUUACCAUGAAGGCAACUGAAGAAAGGAGUCAUCACUAAGAAGAAUGUAGAACUCCAAGAUUGAGGGCUACAGACAUCGGUAGACUUUGUUGGCGUAAGUGAUGAGUGAGAUGGUUAAGCAACAGCCACCAAAUAUUAAUAUCCGAGAUAAUUGUCUUCUCA